GUAAAACAGAACUAGAGUUACCUGAAGUUAGAAAAAGCCAGGAAGACGCUUAUUACGUGGACAUCUAUCCUAUGAUCUGGAAGGAGUUUAAGAAAAGGGGAUAUGUCACCAUGUUUGCUGAGGACGAACCCUCGAUUAGUGCUUUCAACCUUAGAUUGAAUGGUUUUAAGGAAUCUCCCGUGGACCACUAUAUGUGGCCAUUUUGGCAGGCCAUCUGGGACUCCGAACUCCGGGAACGGAGCAAGAGAUAUUGCACGGAUGGUACGCCACAUCAUCAAUUUUUAUUAGAAUAUCUAUUCUACGGGAAAAUGGAAGAGAGGCUCCCCUUCAUGAGUCUGCAUUUUCCUCAUCGAUUUAAACUUAAACAUCCUCAUUUGAUUAAACUUCUGUCAAAGAACGCCAAUCGAUUGACGACACCAUUUGAUGUUUAUGAAACUCUCAGGGAUGUCCUCGAUUUGUCAAGGUUGUAUAAAUAUGUGACACCGAGCAGAGGAAUCAGCCUCCUUCAGGAGAUUCCAGCCAAUCGGAAUUGUGCGUCUGCUCAUAUUGACCUACAUUGGUGUUCAUGUUUAGUGCAAAGUAAGGUGGACCCAAACAGUGAUAAUGUAAAAAGCAUGGCGGACCAACUUCUUCGUUAUAUUAAUGAUCUGACAUUGCCAUUGAGGGACUCAUGUCAUGAGCUGUCAAUUCAUAAAAUAAAAUCUGCCAAUUUAAUUAGUCCAAAUGAAAAGGUUUUGAAAUUUAUGAAAACAGUGGAUGCUGAUCAGAGAGUGGCCAACUUUAGUUCAGAAAUAAAUGUAGAUGUUGCACAUUACCAAAUCACCAUGGAAACACUUCCUAACUAUGCACAAUACGAGGGCACAGUGACAAAGAACUUGAAGGACAACAAAUAUGAAGUUUUCCACAGUAUUAGUAGAUUAGAUCACUAUGGCAACCAAUCUGUGUGCGUGAUGAAGCAGUACCCUGAUCUCAGAAAAUUUUGUCACUGCAGAUAAUAUUUAUGGAAUUUGAUAAGCCUUUUUUACAUAUCAUGGAUUCAAAAUCAAUUAAAUGUGUUCAUUAAGGUGUGACAAUAAGUUACUUAUUAUGAUAAUUGAUCCAAACUCCUGAAUGUAUACUUCUAGGAAUGCAGGCAGCAUUUACUGGCAUCUGAAGUUUUGGGUUAUUAUUUUUUAUUAUGACUAUAUAAUUGGAGGAUUUGGGGAAUACUUGAAUAGAUUUUGGUGUCUUUCUGUCUGUUUUCCACAGAAAUGUUAAUUAACUUUUGAACGCUAGGGUUUAAAUAUUUCAUGUGUAUUCCUUGUGACAAGACCAGCUUUAUUUGGGUACCAACAUUUAUUUUAUUGCAUAACCGUGACCUUGGAGUUAACACUUAAACAAAAUUUUAACUUUGUUCUGACUUUUGAACAUUUGAUGCUAUGACUUUCACAUUUCUCAUGUGCAAUUAUGGUGUACUUUGUGACAAGACCUUUCAUCUGUUUUUGAAAAAAAAAAACAAAAAGGCAUGCAAAAACAUUAACUUUGAUCAUAUCUUUAGAAUAGGUAAUACUAGAGUUUUCAUAUUCCACCUGUAUAUUCCUUGUGUUAAGACUUUUUUGACUACCAACUUUUUUACUUCAUGACCUUGAACUUGACAUUUGACCUGCUUUGAAAAAAAACCCUUGGUUCCAUGCAGGGACACCAGUGAUUCACAAAGUUAACACAUUUUGUUGAAAUAUUUUUCUUCCUGUGAUAUUUUGAUAUAACAGUUUUAUAAUGUAUUUCCUUUCAUUCUCUCUGUUUAAAGUCAUGUCACUGCUCAUGUGACUGUGUGAAUUUUAAUUUCUUGUUGUUCAUUUCUAGAUGCCUUAUAUCUCAAUAAUUUGUAUCCAUUAAGUUAUUUUUUGUAAACAAUUAAACAUGUACAAAUUUACCUUGAUGAAUUGCAGAAUCAACAAUAAUAUAUUGAUUUAUAUGCACUCUUUUGACACAAAGUGUAUUACAUUAUUUAUUAUAUUUACAUGUAUUUAUAUAUUUUACAUGUGUGGAUUGUAUUAGUUUUAAAUUAAACGGAAUACUUGAUGUUGUUUUACUUAAAAUUUUGUAUUAAAAUAUAUCAUUCAAAUGAAUUUGUAUUUGUAUAAACACUUUGUUGUGAUUUUCCCUCCAGUACUUACUUCAUUUAGUACAUGUAAGUUCAAUUAUAAACUUUUUCGGCAAUAUGUUUAUAACUUGGGUGGUCUAUUGGUCAAAAAAAUUCUAUGCAAUUACAUGAGGUUAAUACAUGUAUGUCUAUCUUAUUAAACAAGCAAAUGAAUCUGCA